AUGAACACCAUAAAUUAUUCAUUAUUAUAUUUAUUAGCCAGUUUAUUGGUGUUAACGCGAUGUGAUCAAUCUGCCGUCGAAGUUGUUCAGGAUAUUUAUAAUACUUGCCUUAAAGAUUUCAGUAUUUCUUGUGUGAAGCCUAAAGCUCUUCACUGGAUGGACGAAGCUUCUAGAAACAAUGUUAUUCGAAUUACAGAGGACUUGUCGCUCCAAAAGAAAUAUAAUCCUGAAGUUGAGGAAGGGAAAGGUGAAAAAGAUAUUUUAGAAAAAUUUGAAGACUUUCUACAAUCCCACACUGUGGUAGCAAAAGCUCCUGCCCUCCUUCGACCCGAUGGACCUUUGAAAGAAUAUAUUCCAAGAACGUUCCAAGCUACUCAAGCUUCGGUUCCACUUGCAGCCACUGGAAGAUCAUCGAAACUAAUCAAAAGGAUCAUUUUCCCAUUUUUACUGGGUCUUAAAUUCAAAGCAGCCCUCAUCAUUCCUUUCGCUUUGGCCUUAAUAGCUUUGAAAACAUGGAAAGCUCUAACUUUGGGUCUACUAUCAUUAGUUUUGACUGGAGCUAUCAGUAUUUUCUCCAAACUCCUGGCACCUAAAGUACCAGCCUACGAGGUAGUACAUCAUCCUCACCAUAUAGAUCAUCACGUUGGUUAUCAUCACAUUGAUGUUUUACCAGCUCCGGCGGUACCAGCUGUACCAGUGGGUGCACCUCUUUACGUUGCCAGGAAUUUAGGACAAAAUUUGGCUUACAGCGCUCACCGCAAAUAA